AUGGCCAAUACUAUCAAAAUCGUCAAGAAGAGAUCCAAGAAUAGGUUUGGGAAGAACAAGGCGGAUGCACUGAAGGUACAGAGACUUUUCUGGCUCACGGGCCAUUCCGUGACGCUAGUCUGCGGACUGCUGUUUGGUGUCACAUAUUUCUUUCAUGUUCUCUUAUUCUUCAAGUACAGAUCCUGGAAGUGGUUGUUUUUACGUGUGAAUGAGAACUACUCUGUGAUAAAAGGCCACAGAUGGUACCAUUCCAUCCUGAGAUCCACCCCACAGCUACUGUACCGGAUGUCGCUGAUAGGGGUGUUCUCAGCAUCCGGGGUGACAAUGUACCAGAACUGGGGCGGUCUAAGGCCAACCUGGUUUGACCUGCUAUCCUCGGCGAAUUUUCAAGCCACUAUUAUCGCUGUUCUCUGGUUUCUAGGGGGAGGUAAGUCCAUAUACAGACUUCUUCCCUUUAUGAUCCUCAGCUUCAUUCACUUGAAACACUAUAAGACUGAGUUUGAGACAGAGGACAGAGAAAGCGUGGAGAAGCUGUCUUUGGAGAAUAAGGAACUUCUACACUUGAUUGCUUACUCUGAAGUGUUCAUUGCCGUAACUUUGCUGCUAGACACACUAUUAAUGAAGAACGGGGAAACCGGCUUCAUGUUUGUCAUCUAUGCAGGUUUCUACUGGAUCAGACUGAACUUCUCGCUAUACACCCAGGCAACAGUCAUCAGACUAUUGAACAAAUUUGAAAAGAAGGUCCCACCAAAGUACUACAAACAGUGGAAUGUUGUCAAAAAGUUUUUAAUUGGGAAAGUCAAGAAUCGUAAGGACAACAUCGAAAAGGCUACCAAAAAUGCAUAA